AUCACCAUCAGAAGUAGAAGCAGCAGCAUCAGGACCACCGAGCUUCCUCUCCACCUCCAAUGAUGGCGCAUGUAAACACGGCGCUUGUCCUCUUGUCUUCCCCGGAUCCCGACCACAACUUCCUCGCUAACAUCUGACGUGACACCCGCGUUGUUGUCCGUCUUUCGGUGCGUGCUCAACCGAGUUUUGGACUACCGUUGACAUUGUGAUGGUCACACGACGACGCACUUGCGACAAAAGGUUGCCCUGAGAGACCCCGCCGAGCUCCUCAGUGGUGGGGGGGAUAUGCACGUCAGUGUUUGGCCCUGCUCGCUCUCCGUCGUGAUGGCAGCUCUGUACCAGGGCACGGACGCAUCCUCCCCGGAUAAAUUCCUCGCCCUGAAAGACGUCAGGGAGGUGAAGGAGGAGACCACGCUGGACGAGAAGCUCUUCCUGCUGGCCUGCGAGAAAGCAGGUGACUACUACAUGGUGAAGAAGCUGCUGGAGGAGAAUAGACACGGUGAACUCAACGUCAAUAGUGUGGACGUGCUGGGCCGUGACGCUGUCACCAUCGCCAUCGAGAAUGAGAAUCUUGACAUUCUGCAGCUUCUACUCGAGCAUGGUUGUCAGGCUACCGACGCCCUGCUGGUGGCAAUAGACUCGGAAGUGGUGGGAGCUGUGGAUAUCCUCCUUAACCACAGACCCAGGCGCGCAUCCAAGCCCUCUAUGGCUAAACUAAUGCAGCGAAUCCAGAAUCCUGAGUAUUCCACCACCAUGGAUGUGGCUCCCGUCAUUCUGGCGGCCCACAGGAACAACUACGAGAUCCUGACCAUGCUACUGAAACAGGACAUCUCGUUGCCGCGGCCACACGCCGUAGGCUGCGAGUGCACGCUCUGCAAUGCCAAAAACAAGAAGGACAGCUUGCGACACUCCAGGUUCCGCCUGGAUAUUUACCGUUGCCUGGCCAGCCCUUCCCUCAUCAUGCUGACCGAGGAAGACCCCAUCCUUAGGGCUUUCGAGCUUAGCACGGAUCUCAAGGAACUUAGCCUGGUGGAGGUGGAGUUCAGGAAUGACUACGAGGAGCUGGCCAAGCAGUGCAAGAUGUUCGCCAAAGACCUACUGGCUCAGGCUCGGAACUCCAGAGAGCUGGAGGUCAUCCUCAACCACACAUCCAAUGAAGAUUCCGUGGAUAAGCGGGGGCUCCUGGAAGAGCGCAUGAACCUCAGCCGCCUCAAACUGGCCAUCAAGUACAACCAGAAAGAGUUCGUGUCCCAGUCCAACUGUCAGCAGUUCCUCAACACGGUCUGGUUUGGCGAGACGGCCAGCUAUCGGCGCAAGCACACCUGCCUAAAGAUUGCUACGGUGCUGAGCGUAGCCAUGCUGUGGCCGCUGUUGUCCGUGUGCUACUUGCUGGUGCCGCGAUCCCGCGUAGGCCAGAUCAUUCACACGCCCUUCGUCAAGUUUAUCAUUCACAGCGCCUCCUACUUCACUUUCCUGCUACUUCUCAACCUCUACUCGUUGGUUUACAACGAGGACAAGAAGAACACCAUGGGCCCUGCGCUAGAGAUGAUAGACUACCUGCUAAUCCUCUGGAUCAUGGGAAUGGUGUGGUCCGAUGUGAAGCGUCUGUGGUACGAGGGACUGGAAGACUUCCUGGACGAGUCGAGGAAUCAACUGAGCUUUGUCAUGAAUUCCCUUUACCUGGCUACUUUUGCCCUCAAGAUAGUUGCUAACAGCAAGUUCAAUAAUGUUGGGGAGACUGAGAGGAAAAAAUGGGACGCCUUCCAUCCCAUCCUUGUGGCCGAGGGCUUGUUCGCCUUUGCCAACGUUCUUAGCUAUCUGCGCCUCUUCUUUAUGUACACUACCAGCUCCAUCCUGGGGCCACUGCAGAUCUCCAUGGGUCAGAUGUUGCAGGAGUUCGGCAAGUUUCUAGGUCUUUUCCUUCUCGUCUUGUUCUCAUUCACCAUUGGACUUACUCAGCUCUAUGGAAAGGACCAGAAAGACCCGGAGAAGAAUCCGCCCAGCGAUUGCCAGGGGAUUUUUUGCCAACAGCAGAGCAAUGACGCCUUCCACACGUUUAUGGGUACUUGCUACGCCCUGUUUUGGUACAUCUUCUCGCUGGCUCACGUGGCGCUUUUCGUCACACGCAUCAGCUACACUGAAGAACUGCGCUCCUUUGUGGGCGCCCUGAUUAUAGGCACCUACAACAUUGUGGUGGUUAUUGUACUUACCAAGCUGCUGGUGGCCAUGCUCCAUAAAAGCUUCAGACAAAUUGCUAAUCAUGAGGACAAAGAGUGGAAGUUUGCCCGGGCCAAACUUUGGCUAAGCUACUUUGAUGAUAAGUGUACAAUGCCGCCUCCGUUCAACAUCUUGCCCUCGCCUAAGACCGUCUGUUACCUGCUCACCAGCAUGAGCAAAUGGAUCUGUUCGCACACGUCCAAGGGAAGAGUCAAGAGACAGAACAGCCUUAAGGAGUGGAAGAACCUAAAGCAAAAGCGUGACGAGAACUACCAGAAGAUUAUGUGCUGCCUAGUGCAUCGCUACCUGACAUCCACGCGGCAGAAGAUGCAGAGCACAGACCAGGCCACUGUGGAGAACCUCAACGACCUGCGCCAGGAUCUAUCCAAGUUCCGCAAUGAGAUGCGGGACCUCUUGGGCUUCCGUACCUCCAAAUACGCCAUGUUCUACCCAAGGAGCUAGAAGCCUAUUACAUUUCCUCUUGACAUCCCUUCUCCUGCUACUCAUUUAUUCUAUAAGAGGAAAAAACAAACUGACUGACUGAGGACAAAUAGAAACAAAAUCGACGUAGUCUCAUGCUUUUUUGUAAAGAAUGAAAGCCAUUGUUUUGGACAGAAAUGCUCAUAAAUAUUUAUGCAAACAUUUAACUGUGUACUGCAAUGGUGUUACAGUUGAAUUAUUUGGACUAAAUCAGUAGGACCUUUACGCAAUGGUGCAAUGGUUUCAUCCGAAAAAGCACAUUUUGAAGUCAAAUUAAUACAGAACUUUUAUUAGAAAGCAUGACAACAAUAAAAUAUAAAUUACAGUAUAUUCACAGAUUUUCUUUGUCGUAUGAAACUAUCUAAUAGCUCUCUCUUUAAAAACAAAUACAGUAAGGGUCGUAGAGAACUAGACAGAUGAUAUAACAUGCAUCAAAUAUUGCACUGUUUACAGCUAAAUCCAUAUAAAUUUAGGUUAAUCGUACUACACAGACGCAUAGAAUACAGUAUUAAAACCCUAUAGUAAUUAAAAGAGGAAUUAAAUGCUAGAACAUAAUUUUAAAAGAAUAAAGUUGCAUUUGAAAAAAAAAGGAAUACUUUCAAAAUUAAAAUUUUAUUUUAAUGAGCAUAAAGUUAUAUAUUUUAGAGAAAAAAUAGAAAAAAUUUAGAUUUUUAGAAUAAAAAUAUAGCAUUUUACACUUGUAUUACUGUGUUAAUUUCUAAAUAGAUUUUUUUCUCUAAAAUAUAUGAUAUUUUUUAAAUAUAUUUUGUAUUCUGAAAAUGUAUAUUUUAUCUUGAAUAUACACAACUUUAUUCUUUUAAUCUUUCCACUUUUUUUCAAUGUUACGAAUUUUAAUCAUAAGCAUAAAAUGAAAGUAAGACAGAAAAUAAAUUAGUAUUUUUUGUUCAUUAAAUAAUACUGUUUAACAGUUAAAUACCAGUUUAGAAUUAUUAUUGCUUUUGUAUGUAUUAUUCUCAUCUUACUGAGUAGAACUGUCUCACCAAUUUAGAUGGAAGGUCUCAACAAUUAAGAGGAAUACAUACAGUAUAUUAUCUCCAAACAUAAUGUGUGUUGAAUGAAUCUUAAUCCUUGCGAUGUCUUGCUCAGGUAGAUGUCUUGCAUUUCUCCGCCCCUCAGCAACGCUUGUUCUUGAGCACAUUGAGCGUCUUCUGGUUCUUGGUCUUGAAGGCAAGCACGAAGUGGUGAGGGCCCACCAAGCCCCGGCCCUCCUCGUCCACAUGCCCCAUGAAGAUGUAGUUUAAGCCUGGAGAGAGCCAUUUCAGAGCAUAUAUUUCUAAAAUGUAAAUUAAAGCAAGGGCGUAGGUUUACAUAGGAACGGUAGGGACAUAACACUACCAACUUUUCAGCAGUGUUGUUAAUCUUACUUUAUUUUACUAUCUUAAAAGUAAUUAAUUAUAGUUACAAAUUACUUCUCCCAAAAAGUAAUUGCGUUAGUAACUCAGUUACCUGAAUGUAAGAGUAAUUAGUUACUUGGCAAAGUACCAGGUGAUAA